ACCCGUUCAGCUGUUCUCUCCAGAUUUCCUGUUAACCAUGUGUAUCUCUAACACUCAUUUAUAUGUCUGGUACUAUUUACCAGACCUGAUCAGAAGCGUCGUGGUCAUGGAUGGAGAGGAAGGUGGUUUCGGGUGAAGGUUUGUCUCGGGAUGAACGCCACAGUGCUUGCCAUGGUUCCUGACACGAGUACCUUAGGCAGUAUGAAUAGAGACGCUAGGCUUAAUUUUGAAUCCAUUUCUUUUAACGUUAAAAAUGUCAAUUUAAAUGAGCCUUUGAUUGAAGAUUCGUUAUUUUCAAAUUUUAAAUCAAAUUGUCUUUAUUACGAUGAAAAUAGUUUUAUUCAAAAAUUCUCUAAUUCCAAAUAUCCUCUGAUCUUAAAUAUGAAUAUUCAAUACUUAUCCAGCAAAUUCCAAAGCCUUAAGUCUAUGGUAUUAAAUUUUCUUCAACAAAAUAUUGAUAUUGACUUGAUCUCUCUUCAGGAGAUCUCUCAAGUUGAAAAUGUAGACUGUCUUUCGUUACCAGGAUAUCAACCAUUAGUAUUUAAAUCUAGAUCAAACUCUAAAGGAGGGGGGGUUGGUUUCUACGUUAAGGAAGGGAUCAAAUUUAGCAGAAUUAAUGAGUUUUCAAUAUUUCAUGAACGUGUUUUUGAGUCUGUCUGCAUUGAAGUUGAAUUUUCAAACAGAAAAAUACUUUUUAUUUCCAUUUAUCGUCCACCUGGAAAUCACCCGACCCUUUCUAAUUCUGAAAUAAGUGCGGCUUUUUUUGAAUCUUUAAACAUUAUGUUCGAUCUUAUUAAAGAUAAACAUUGCUACAUUCUCACUGAUAGUAAUUUUGAUUUGCUCCAAGUUGAAAAAUCUCCUGAAUGUUCAAAUUAUCUGGAUCUUUGCAUCUCUAACGGUUUUAUGAAUUUGAUAACUAAAGCAACAAGAUUUACUUCUCACUCUAAUACUCUAAUUGAUCAGAUUUUCUGCAAUAUUAACUUAAAUACUCCUGAAUCUGGUGUCUUAUUAAAUGAUUUAUCUGACCAUCUUCCAUGUUUUACCACAUUGAAUUUUAAGAAGAAGGUAAAAAGCGAGCAAAAAUUUACUGAAUUUAGAGAUUUUUCUGAAUUAAAUAUUAAUUUAUUUCGUGAAAACUUAUCUAAUCUUUCUUGGGAUGAUGUUUUAUCUUGUCCUGAUCCUUUGGAAAGCUUUGAUUUAUUUUGGAAGAGCUGGUCUACAUUGUAUAAUCUACAUUUUCCUGUCAAAAAAUCUAAAUUUAAUAAAAACUUUCACAAAAUUCAAGAUUUUUUUUCUAAGGGAUUGUUAACCUCUCGGCGUACUAAACUGUCUCUUUAUCAAGACUACUUGUCAUCUAGAAACCCCCUGAAAUUUGAGAUUUACAAGAAUUAUAGAAGCUUAUAUAACAAGCUUAUCAGAGAAGCAAAAAAAUUGUAUUAUGAAAAGAAACUUGAAUCAAGUAAAAGCUGUCCUAAAAAAAUGUGGGGAUAUCUUUAUGAAGCUAUUGAUAAAAGAUCAACUAAAUCUAGCAAGAUUUCUAUGAUUAAAUCUAAAGGUUUGUCAAUAACUGAGCCAUCUAAAAUUGCUGAUACAUUUAACACAUUUUUUUCCGAAAUUGCAGAUGAAAUAAGAUCUCAAAUACCGGAAACGUCUGCUAAACCAGAAGAUUAUUUAGAGGAUUUAGAUUCUAAUUUUGAGUUUUUUCCAACAAAUCCAUUAGAGGUUUCAGAAAUAAUCUCGUCUCUCAAUCGUAAAAAUACUCUGGAUAUUGAUUGUAUAAGUACUGUUUUGAUAAAAGCCGUAUCAACUGAGAUUUCUGAACCUCUGUCUCAUAUCUUUAAUCUAUCAAACCUAGAUCAAUUACAUUGUACCUGGUUCUUAAAACCUGAUGUGCUUAAAAUUAACUUCGCAAAUCUUGUAUUGCAAGUUAACCUAACCUAG